AUGUGGUAUGUCAAUCUCUGCAACUUGAAUCUCGACACUUACAUCACGGUCGAAGCCGCAACCCUCAUCGGACUCACCUUCGUCACUGCAACUUCCUUCAUCCUCCGAUCCGUCAUGGCGAGGAAAAAGAAGAGCGCCGCGGCCAAGGCUGCUGCUGCUGCUGCUCAGCAGUCGGCGACAACGCCGAAGCCUGAAGCCGAUGCCCAAGGCCAGCUUGUUCCGGCAAAGCCCGUGAUUGUGGAAGUCGACAACAGGCCAGAGACUUCUCCCUAUGGCAGCCCCGCCUGCACCGUCCCCUUUGCCAACCCUCUCAUCAUACCUCUGGACAUUCUCAAGAAGAGUCCUAAGCUUCACGCCGCAUACGAGGGCCGCGUGCCGGAAUUAUCCUCGAUCCCCGAGGACGUCGGCCAUGUCCUCGUACACUACCUCCAUACCGGCACGUAUGAGUCUCUCAAGCCAAAGCCGACAGACAGCAUGUUCAAGCAGAUAUGCGAACUCAAGACAAGCAUACAAGCCUACGCGGCGGCACGGACAUACGACCUCCCAGAGCUGAUGCGUCUGGCUGAGGCCAAAAUCGACAAGUACGGCGAGGGCCUGCCCCUGCCCGCCCUCCUCGAGGUGGCCCGGGAUGCGUACCCUACCCUGACCGAGGGCGACGACUGGUUUCUCGAGUAUCUGCGAUCGCGCAUCCGGCCGCACCUCAAAGACCCGGAAUCUCUCCUCGGGUCCAACCUGUUAGACCAGAUCAGCAGCAUCCUGUCGCCCAACCGGGUCCUGCUCAGAACCGUCCUCGAGCUGUUCUGCGAGAGAAUCACUGUCCGCCCAGAACCGAUAACCGCCCCCGUGGCGGGGCUCGUUACCAGCCCGGGCAGCUCCAGGCCUGUGACACCUCAUGCUCUACCUCCGGCGUCUCCCAUGUCGUUGCUGGAGAUGCGGUCGAGGGCCAUCCUUCGGGAGGAGUUCCCAUCACCAACAGGACGAAAGAAGUCGUCAACGCUGCCGUCCCCGGAGUCGCCGCUGCAGCUGGAGGCUAAGCCAGUUGAACCUACCCCUGAGCCAGGGCCCGUCAUCCUCGACGUGGUACCUCAGCCGGAACUGGCGAGCAAAGUCCAGCCUGUCGUGGCCGAGGUAGAAACCGCACCCAGCCCGAAGGACAAUGCCAUGGAACUUGGACUUAGGGGCGCGGGCGAGUCUGAGCUUCCCGCUGUCGUCGAGCCUGAAAUCAGGCCGGCUGUCGAGCCCUACGAGGAGGCUGUUCAGCAACCAGCCCUCGUCUCUCGCCGAAGGAGGAAGGAUUCGGGAAAGGAGAUUGAACUCGAGCCUGCUAUCAAAGAGCUCGAACGGCCUGUUACCCCGCCAAACCCCGAGGGUGUAGCCAGGUCCGAAUCCCAGACCCCAAACCCUUUGGCCCACAUCCAGCGGCGUCCGGGUCUAGACAGGGAAGUUGAUUCAGGUUUCUGGGACUUCACUCCCGCCGAAGCCGAGGCUGCCAAGGACUCGGAGUCCAAGCCGAUCAUACUCGGGGCAGUGCCUCUACCGGUGCCCGCUCCUGAACCGUCCGUCCAUGAGUUUGGGCCUGGCUUUGAGCCAGAGGAUGCCCCUGGCGUGGACACUCGGGAUUUUGCUGAUAUUGUCAAUACCGACGGGGAUAAGACUGUCAACAUCCUGGACGAACCCCCCAAGGAAGCGCUUGCUACGCCCGUGCUUGCCCCGGAGGUCGCUCAGCCUCAGCCAGCUUCUGAGAUGGAACAUACCUCUGACAACCUGAACGGGAAUGAAGUUGCUGAGCCUGGGGUGGAAAAGUCGAAGUCGUCAGAGCAUGCCCAGAGCGAGGACCGGGAGGAAGCCAAGAUGCAGCAGCCGGAGACAGAGACAGAGAAGUUACCCGACCUUGCCCCCAUCUGCUCCGAGUCUCCGGCACUCGCAAACCCCCAGUCCCCUGAGGCGGGGUCGUCGUCGACGCAGCCCAUCAUCCCUCUUCCCGACGAUUCUCACCCCCAUGGGCCCCCUCAGUCCCCGGAGACUCAGCCCAGCCUCGACAACAGCAAGGGGUCGCAGCCCGCUGGGGAGUCCACGGUUCAAGUCGUCACUGAUGCUGAUGACACCCCCAUCCAGCCCACCCCCGCCAACAACCCGGUUUCCCGGGAUGAAAAGCCUGAGCCUGCGCAGCCGCAGCAGCAGCAGCAGCCAGAGGACACAAAGGAUAAGGACCCGGCUGUUGUCACUGUCCAACCGGCACCGGCCUGCGGCGUCCAGGCCGCGCGCCAAAAGAGCUGGAAGAAGCGCUUUCUCAGUUUGAGGUAUCCUGUCCUGUUUGGUAGGGGCAUGUGA